AUGGACGGAGGUAUCUCGACCGCUGAGGAUGAGCUCAGAGGAAGCUCUGAUCAUUUCCUCACCAGCCUCGGUGCCUUCUGGCUUCACUCGGUCGCCAGCUGCGGGUCCCCAGACGCGGCCCAUCUGUGCGUCCCCGCUGGUCUCACGUUGCUUUCUGCUGUCCUGUUGAUGCUUUCCUCCCUCUUGAUCGUGUGUCGGAAGUUUAAAUCAAGAGGAGAAUAUUCAAAAGAAACCAUGAUAGUUUUCUACAGUUUUCUGGGGAACCUGUGCAGCAGUGUGGGAGCAGUUCUGGCCAGGCAGUUUCACCUGCAGAUUUCUAUGGCUGCUUUUGCUGCUUUAAUGGAUGGUGUGCACUGUAUCUUGUGUUGCCUUCCGGUGUUCCUGUGUUGGAACUCCAAAGCUCAGCGGAGGCUGAGGGUGGUGAAGAGGCGCAGGAGGCAGCAUUUUCUGGCUGUGGGUGUGUUGAUGGUGGUUGCAGGAGGGUUCCUGAAGUCCAGAGUUGAUGAACCUAUAACAAUUAGGUCCAUCAGCGGAAGGAAGCUGCUGCACAGCUCAGUUCAAAUCUCCAGCUGGAGCCUGAUGAUGGACAGCAAAGAAAUCCUCGGUUACAUCCUGGGCCUGUUGGCCUCUGUCAUUGCCUGGACCUCCAGGUUCCCUGCACUCUGCAGAGCAAGGAGAGGACAGAACCUGACCCAGACGUUUAUUGUCUCUGGAUUGUUGUGCUCUGUAUCUGGUGCCCUCUACACUGCAGCCAUCCUCUUACAUGACGUCCGGUUCGGAUUUCUUAUCAGAGUUAUGCCUUGGCUGCUGUCAUCGAGUGGCUGUGUCAUCCUGGACCUGCUUAUUUCAGUGAUCCACUGGUGCAAGAUAGGAACUACGCAGAAGACAAUGAAACUAUCAUCAGAUAUGGAGGGCCUUUUAGGCAUGAACACUGAACAUACUGCUGUCAUGAAGGAGCAGAAAAAGCAGCAAAAACCUCAAUCAGCACAAACAAAAUUUUCAGGCUUUUCCUCAAAGACAAAGAAUGUACAGAAGAUGAUUGAGAUGGGCCAAUAUAUGGACGUCAGUGGUCAACAGACAUCGAAACUACUGUCCCUUAAAGAAGUGGCACUGUCUAAAGAUGGAUUAGACGUCGGAUCUCCUCACAGGAUGGUGCGAGUUGUGACAUUUGAUGGUCUUUGUUCCUCUGAAACAUCCUGUAGCUCUUCAUCAGACAGCACUGAUCUGGAGUGGGACUUUGAAGCUGCAAUUGCACAGUGGAGUAAACCAGCAGCAGAACCACAGGAGGGGGACAAGUUCCCGCUCCAAGACUGGCCAACAAACCCCAAACCCUUCAGUGUCUGCAUUUGCUCGAUGGCUGGACUCCCACAGAAGAGUCAGUGUUCUGCAAAUAAGAGCAGCUCUGCAGUGAGCUGAACUUCAGUGCAAGCACAUCUGACAUUACUGUUUUAGAAUUAUUAAA